AGCAUGGAGCGGUUUGGGACGCAGCCCGAGGACCAGUGUGGUCAGAGUGAAACCGGAACAAGAGCGACAGUAACCUCGGGGCUCGGAGGAGUGUAAAGAUGGUGGAUAACCGCUACGCCACGGCAUUAGUGAUCGGCUCGGUGCUCAGCCUCUUGGCCAGCGUGUACCUCUCAGUGGCGGUGGGAACGCAGCACUGGUACCAGUACCGCAGUCCGCCGCCCAGCAACGACGCCAACAACGGGUCAGAACUGCAGCAACUGAAAGAAGACUUCAGGAAAGAGGACGCGGAUGAUAUAUUAUACGGCCGGGCUCUGAUCAACCUCAACGGCUCGCUGGGGCUGUGGUGGCGCUGCAUCCUCGUGCCUACUCGGUCAGAAACACAGAGGGAACAUCUACACAUGGUGUCUGAAUGUAAGGCCUUCACUUUACCUCAGCAGUUUGAAACCAAGUACAGAAACGUGACUGGAAGCAUAGAGGAGGAGGAGGAGGAUUACCUGCGCACAGUUCUGUGGCGUUGUCGCUUCAUCUUCCCACUGGUGUCUUUGAGUCUGGUGUUUUUGGCAGCACUGGUCGGAGUGUGUGCAUGUCUGUGUCGCAGCCUCACACCCACACUGUUUGUUGGAUUAUUGCACCUACUGGCAGGUCUGUGUUCUUUGGCGACAGUGUGCUGCUUCCUGGCGGGACAGGACCUGCUUCACAAAGUUCUGGACCCGCCCGGGGACGUCCACUUGUCUCUGGGCUGGUCUCUGUACCUGGCCCUGAUCUCCUCCCCUCUGCAGAUGAUGGCUGCCGCUCUGUUCACGUGGGCCGCCAGGAGCCACCGCAAGAACUACACUCGCAUGACUGCGUACAGGGUCGCGUAACACGCGCAGCGUUACAACGCAACCGCACAACACACACACAAUUCAGCUGGGAAUCACACACUCCAUACACAACUCACCUGAGGAGGUCAUCUAAAGAGUCAACGAUGUGGUCGCCUGAGGAGUCGCCUGAGGUUUCACUUUAGGGGGUUCCCUGAGGAGUCGCCUGAGGGGGUCUCCUGAGGAGUCUCCUUAGGUGUCACUUUAGGGGGGUUCCCUAACGAGUCGCCUGAGGGGUCACCUGAGGGGUUACUUUAGGGAGUUCCCCUGAGGAGUCACCUAAGGUGUCACUUGAGGAGUCACCUAAGGUGUCACUUGAGGAGUCGCCUAAGGGGUCACCUGAGGGCUACCUAUAGGGGUCACCUGAGGAGUCGCCUGAGAACCCUAGGAGUCAAUUUUAGAAUUAGAGUAACUAAUUAGUGACUAAUUACUGAGGCUUAAUAACGUGUUAUAAUCUCCUCAUUACCAUUACCACUUAUUUACUACUAAAUAUGAGUCACGCUGCCGAGUCCAAACGUCUGAGCUUCCUGCACAACAUCCAUCACGAAUAAUCCACUCAUCAUCAUCUGCUCAUAAACGUCAUAAAUUUAUAUGUGUACCUGAAUAUUUUACUAUUUCUAGGAUAAAUUUCAGAAGAACUGAGGUUUUCUUUUUUUUCAUUUGAGUCUCAUUGGACACUUUUCUGGCUCCUCCCCCGCCCCGGCAUCGCCCUCAAAACCGACUGCAGUUCUUUAGUAAUAGUUUCUCUAUCGGGUUAUAAGAUGAAAAAACUAGGGUUUACUGUAAAAUUGAAGAAGAUAAGAUGAUUUUGUUUGUUUGUUUUUUAGACGUCAGAGGAAUUGUGGGCGUGGCACAUAACAAGAACCGAUCCGAUUGGCCGUCGCUGGCAGUUUCAUUCGCAUUCACUUUUAAAUAGUUUUUUUUUUUACUCUAAUUUUCUAUCGCUUCAUAAGUCUUAAUAAUACUAUUAUUACUAUAGAUAAUGAUUUUCCUCGCUGCCGUGGUGACAAAGUUUUGGCACUCCAGUUUUACAGAUUAACAUUGAGCUGAAUCGUUCGUUUCCUGUGUAUUAGUUUUGGAAUGUAAUCGUUUGUUUUGUCUACUCGAUUCCGGUGUGUUUAAUGUAUACGUGUUAUUUGUGUGUAAAUCGGUUCGUACACUGAGCUGAACGGCGUUUUAACCACUGACGCCUUUCUCCGGCGUUCCCGCUCAAAAUAUAACCGCGCCUUCGAACCCGAAUCACCGCCGGAGUGUGAAUAUUUAUAUAUUUAUAGAUCCGAGAUGAUUUUUUUUCUUUUCUUCAUUAGCAUCAUGUGACCGAUCUUUCAGACUGUAUGAAGCACACGUCAAGCCAAGUUUGAUCAGAUACGUCUCAGUCAGGAGGAGACACCAGGACAGUCCACUGGGAAAUUGUAAUGCUGUCCACAUCACCGUCUGUGUCCUUUUUAUAUGUAUUUUUAUACUCCUGCGUUUCAUACGUGUGAACGCAAUAAAGUUCUCUCCGGUGGAAUGUGAA